UAGUAGUAAUCUCUCAGUGUCGCUAUCAUUUUUAUCAUCACCCCAAGGCGAAGAAAACGGCAGAAUUGAGCCCAUAGAAAGAAAAAAAUUUGAGAGCUCGAACAAGAAAACAUAAAAACAACAAUGGAGGAUUUUUGGAAACGAGCCAAGGGAUUGGCUGAAGAAGCCGCGAAGAAAUCUCAAAGUCUGACAACCUCUACAAAAAUCUCCGACUUAGUCUCCGAAACCGCCAAGAGAUCCAGGGAGUUGGCCGCCGAGGCCUCCAAGCGAGCCGAUCUCAUCAAAACUGCCGCGCUUAAGCAAGCCGAUCAGAUCAAGUCUUUCUCCUCCGAUAUCAUUGUCAAUCCUCCCAAUCUUUCAUCUCUUUCCAUCACCAGCUCAUUCCCUUCUUCCUCCUCCUCCAGCGAGGUCUCGCAGUCGGAACUCCUCAAGUUUGGAAUCAAUGAAGAUCUCACUGACUUUGUCAAAGGACUCACUUCCACCACAUUCCAAAGCUUUACUGUCCAAGAUGAAGCGGAGGGAUCGGAAUUAGAAACACCGACUACGGCCUCGAAUAUAAGGAAAGAUCUGACGGAAUGGCAGGAGAAACACGCAACGCUGGUUCUUACUAGUGUUAAGCAAAUGUCAAGGUUAAGAUAUGAAUUAUGCCCACGUAUAAUGAAAGAAAGGAGGUUCUGGAAGAUAUAUUUUACCCUUGUCAGCAGCUAUGUGGCUCCGUAUGAGAAGCAAUACAUGGAGGAGGUUAAGCUCAAAGAAGCAGAGCAAAAGAAAGAUGAUGACACCAAGCAAGCAUCUGUGGUUGGAGGGAAUGACAAAGAUGAGGGGAUGGAGAAGAACCUGAGCAGUAGAACUUCUAAGUCCUCUUCAGCUGAGCAAGACUUGGAUACUUUCCUAUUGGGAGAUCUUGAAGACAGUGAUGGGGGACUAGAUGAUGGUGAAGAGAGCUUUGAUGAUGAUUUUGACAAGAUUGACAAUUCAGACGUUGAAGAUGAGAAGGAGCCAAAGAAAUGAGAGCUGCUGUAAAGAUAUUCUGAAUUAAUAAGCAAAAGUUGGUUAUUGGAAAGACGAAUGAAGUACAGCAGCUGUUGAUAUAUCACCAAUUGGAACUUUGCUUAUUGUCCAGUUUCUUAGAUCAUUGACUACUUUGGUCUACCGAAUUAGAUGUGAUUUGAGUUGAUUCGUUUAUUUAGAUAUGCUAUAUAUAAGCAGUCAGGUUAAGUUAUGUGAUGCCUAAAAUAUGUCAUAAACUUCAAUCUCGUUUUAAGUUUAAACAACUAAGCUUUCCUUGUACAGUUGGUCUUAUUCCGUUAAAGCAAUUAUAGUUUUUUUUUUCUUU